UAGAAUAAAAAUUACCGCGAAGAAGGUGACAGUGGCGCCAAUUAGAUCGAACAGUCACAUUCCCCAGAGUUUGACGUCAUCUUUCCCUUGAUGAGGCUGCUUUGGGGACUGCCAUGGGUUAUCCUUAGCCCGGUAUCGAUCUUCCCCUCCCAUCUCCUCUGGAAUUCGAAUUCCCUCUGAUUUCGACGAUUGCUGUCAACCGAUUAUAAUUUAAUUAAAAAACCUAACUCCAAACGCCUACGGCAUGCUUAGGGAUUUUCAUUUAUAGUUUUGGCCCUCAAUGAAUUUUUCUGCACACUGCCUUAAGCCUUUCCUAUAAGACACAGUCUCCUCGUUCAAGUUUACUUCAGGUCAAACCUCCGCAACUACAACUACUGGAUGUCUAAUGAAUACGGAAACGACCAUCUGGAGUUGGCCUUUGCUAAACUUGUAGUCCAAGCCCAAUCCACCGAAAAAGUCCAUUGAACCCACAUGUUGACAAACUGUUGAUGAACUGUAUCUCAAUCCUCCACCGUUUGAUUCCAGUAGUACUUCAAAUUAAAUACCAGGAACUAAAACUCACCGCUAUCAUCUGAUCCCGCCUCAGUCGUUGAGACACAUGGUCCAAUGCAGUGAAGGCGCGGUCUCCCGAUCGCAACUCAAAAGUUAAAAGUCCAUUAACAGCCAAGUAUCUCCCUCUCAAGUUGCAAAAAUGCGGUCGCUUCAUUCUAUUAGCACAGGACUUUUUUAGGUGCAUUCUUUUCUUGAAUUGAUUGGCAAUCAUGUCACGAAGGGUGACGAAUUCAACUCGACGAUACGGAGACAGUGGAACUGGUGGUGUACUGGCUUCUUCUAAAUCGCGUUCUUCUCCAUGUUCAUUAAUCGGACUAAUUAUAGUGGGCGCAAUGAUAAUUAUGGUUUAUUUGUACAGUGGGUCAGGCAAUAGUGGCAGGAUUAAAGAACAUGUAAAUAAGGUUGAAGGUGAUUACUCAUGCACAAUAGAGGUUCAGCAAGCAAUUCCAAUUUUGAAGAAAGCGUAUGGUGAUAGCAUGCACAGAGUUCUGCAUGUUGGUCCUGAUACAUGUUCAGUGGUUUCUAGAUUGUUAAAAGAUGAGGAAACUGAAGCCUGGGGUGUGGAACCAUAUGAUAUAGAGGAUGCUGAUGGCAUCUGCAGAGGACUAGUGCGUAAAGGCCUUGUACGUGUGGCUGAUGUCAAGUUUUCUCUUCCAUACAGGCCAAAAUCCUUUUCUGUUGCAAUUGUCUCAGAUGCAUUGGAUUACUUGUCUCUGAGAUACCUUAACAAUACGCUUCCAGAUCUGGCAAGGGUCUCUGCUGAGGGUAUUAUCAUAUUUACAGGUUAUCCAGGUCGGCAGAGAUCUAAGGUCGCAGAGGUGUCCAAAUUUGGGAAGACGGCAAAAUUGAGGAGCUCUUCUUGGUGGGUACGUUACUUUGCCCAGAACGGCUUAGAAGAAGAUGUAGCUGCAGCUAGGAAAUUUGAGAAGGCUGCUACAAAGAGUUCAUACAACCCGAAUUGCCAAAUUUUCCACCUGAAGUCAUUCCACUAACAUCUUUACACGGUCUCUUCUGAAUUAAAAUGGUGCUCACGGAAGCAGCUCUAUAGGUUAUAUUUUGUCAUUAAAUAUUUAUAAUAAUUCCAUUACCUCCUUUUUGUGUAAUUCGAAUUAAAUUAAUCCAGCAUUUUGACAAAUAUAUUUUCCCAUGAUUUUCGCC